AUGGCCGACAGAUGGAUAUUCAAGGCUCAGCCAGGUGUCUUUGUUGAGCUCACCGACAUCGCUCAUGAGUACCCUGGAGAAAAGGUCACCACACAACCCAACCUGGGCCUCAUCCCAGGCCAAACAUACCCCUCGGAUGAUCCAAACGCCCCAGAUAAGCGUGAUUGGGCUCGUCUAGCGGCCUACGUAAAAUGGCUUAACGAGAAUAGUUCCCAUAAUGUCUGUUAUAAAGUCUUAUACUUGACUCGACAUGGUCUCGGUGUGCAUAACAAGAUGCACGCUCAAGUGGGCUCAGAAGCAUGGAAUACAAGAAUAUCGUUCGAAAACGGAGACGGGAAGGAAACCUGGUUUGACGCCUUUCUCACUGAAGUGGGCGAAAAGCAAGCUCAAGAGCUCAAAGCCUUCUGGACCGAUCUCAUCAAUGUUCAGGGCGCACCACUUCCCAAAGUCUUCUACACCAGCCCUCUAGCGCGCUGUCUGCAAACCACAGAUCUCGUCUUCUCCUCACUCAUGACCUCGCAGACACCUCCCCUUCAACCUAUUGUCAAAGAGCUACUCAGAGAGAGAAUUACUCGACACACUUGUGAUUAUAGAAGGAGUCGUACAUGGAUAGCUGAGAACUAUCCGAGCUACAGGAUUGAAGACGGUUUUGAGGAGGAGGAUCAGUUUACGAAUAGAACCGAGCCAGAGGAGGAUGAGGAGCACGUGGUACGGAAACACCAGGCUCUAGAAGACAUUUUCAACGAGUCAAGGGACAGCGAAUUCAUAUCCCUGACGGUUCACUCAUAUGCCAUCCGGGCCAUUCAGGGUGCUGUGGGAGCGGGCGUUUGUCGUACGCGAGAAGGCACGAGUAUUGCGUUACUUGUGAGGGGAGAGAAGGUCAGCGAAGGAGACGGUAGCGCUGCUUUGGACCUGGACGCUUAUGUAUCGGCUGAUCCCGCGGGUGUGAGCUCACUCAGGAGGUUCUCUAUGUAA